AUGCCCAAUGACCGCGUGGAGAACCGGAACGGUAAAUAUGAAAGCGUUCUAAAGUCCAUCAGUAGAACAUCCUUGAAAAAUCAGGUGGAGCAGAAUCCACGGCCCAAGGUCUCCUUCCGAGGCGGCAGCUGCUGCUGGAGCGGCGCGGAGGCUGGCGGGAGGCUGAGCGAUGUGUUCGGUGGUGGGCUCACAAGCGCUGGGUCACUGUAUGGCUGCUACAAAUCACAGAAUGAAGAAAAUGUAGAGCUACCUCAGAUGUACAGUUCUUCCCAGUCAGCAUCAGAGUACUCAGCACUGGUGGACUCUUCCCUUUUAUAUGUACCAUGGUCUACAUAUGGAGAUGACACUAAGCAGCCUGCUGCUUCUCAGAUUAACGUGAAGUCCAGGAUUCAACCUGAAAGGAAUGAUUAUGGCAGUGAAACAGAUUUAUAUGGGCUUGUGUCUAACAUCUUGGAAGAACAAGAUAAAUCACAGCCGUACUGUGCUGAGGGGAGUUGUCCUUCCAAUUUGAAGUCAGUAUGGCCUGUGAACACAGCCAGGGUCCUAGACCCCCAUGACCUGUUGCCAGAAACUAAAAGACCAGGGGUUGGAGCUGUCUCACAACAGAGUUUCUAUAGCAGCGAAUCCAUCCCUGCUGCUGAUAACCACUAUGUGCAAAGCAGCCCCCUGGCACCACAGCAGGAGGAGUGUUACCGCAGCUUUGCCGGCAUAGACCUUGGGGAGCAGGGCUUGUACUCUGCCAGGAACGACCGCACCAGCUGUUGCAACCUGCAGACCCCUGAGAAUGUAAAGACAACACCUGUCUAUCCAAACUACCCAUACAUAAAAUCCACCUUUGCACCCCAGGGGGGUUACUCAGAAGUAAUCAAAGACUUGGGAGCUGAUUCUUAUCCUUAUGGAAGGGAGAAGGUGUGUCCCAAAGCAGCAGAUGUGCAGGCACACCAGAAACAAGCAGAAACAUUUCUUCCACAGUUUCACAGAUACAAUGAAAACACAGAUUGUAGUAGAUACACUGAAUAUUCUCAGGUCGGUAAAGUAAAGCCUAACAAAAGCACCAACUGUAGCCUCCAGGAAAAUAAAAAGUUAGUGAAUGGGAGUGCUGAAGCCCUGUCUCUGAACACUGAACCGUAUACUCAGUUAUUUCAAGUUAAAUCAGGAACUCAGAAAAAAAUAGAAGAAACCAUUUCAGGUCAGCAAAACUUCACAUUUCCCAAGGCUGUAGGACUUGUGUCAGAAAAAGAGUUUGCAAAUGAAGCUUCAUUCUGCACUGAUUUGGGGCAGAAAUUCGAAUACGGGCUAAAGUCUUUUCCAGCUGGUCCAAUGACUGGGGACUGUGCAAAUGGUGUGGAAAAGCAGCAGUUCUCCAAGCCUGAGCUGCAAAAUUCUGAAUACUGUAAAUCACUCCCACUGUUACCGAGCGCAGCGAACUCCUCAGCAGCUGCUAACGUGAGGCCAACCUGGAAGAACGUUCCCCCUAAAAACGCUGCUUCUGUCCUGCUUCAGAACUCAAGUCCUUUGAUGAAACCAGAUAAUCAUUUACCUGCUUUUCCAAAAAGCCCUAGUCAUUCAAAUGAUUUUUUUCAGUUAUCAUCUUCUAAUUUCCCUUUAAAUAGUAAUUUGUUUCCCAAAUAUUGCCAAGAUAAUCCUUUGUUUUUAUCAAGUCUUGAUUAUAACGCUGCACGGUCUUCUGCUGGCGUGGAAGCACUUGUUAAGGGUGGAGAAGAGAAUCUCCUUGAGUAUUUAAGUGAAAAAAAAUUAAAGCAGCCAAACGGAUUCUGUGGCAAUUGCUCAGCUCAGCAGUUUGGCAUCAUGGAAAAUCUGAACAAACACCGUUUCCAGCUGAAGCCACAGAGUGAGCAUUACGGUCCAGAAGGGCAAAAACAUGCAGAUGGGUUAUUGCAGAGCAAGUACCAACAUAUAUUGGAGGGUCAGUUUCAUCUCAGGCAGGGGAGUGGCGACAGUAACACUGUCAAUCCCCUGAGUUGCCUCCAGGCUCCGAGCUUUCCCAGCUCUGGCAUGAUGGGUGACUUCAGACAGAACCAGCAGCUGGCUUCAAGCGUGUUCCCUUUGAGAUCACCUCACCCCUUUGGCCCUUCCAUUGUCCCUCUGAUGGAGUCUCAGGACUUGUUCUCCUGCAAUGAUUUAAAACGUUUCUACCCUUAUUUUAUUGAUAAGAUCUAUGGUGACAGUGCUUUCUCUGGGUUUGGACCAGCCUUUGGACUUCAAAAGCAAGCUAAAAACCGCAGCGGGUCUGCCAGUGAGCUUCAUGUUAGACUAGAAGAAUGCUAUGAACAGUGGAGAGCUUUGGAGAAGGAAAGAAAGAAGACUGAAUCAGCUCUUGCUAAGAAUUUCCAAGGGAAAAAGGUUUCCAGUGCUAACAACAUUUCGAUUCCAAGGCUGACAUCAAACCCAUCAAGAGUUGAUCGCUUAAUUGUGGAUCAGCUGCGUGAACAAGCCAGAGUUGUGACUUUACUGGGAAAGAUGGAGCGGCUUCGCAGUUCUCCCCUGCAUGCUAACAUUGCUACUGCCCUUGAUAAACACCUGGAGGUAAUUCAUGUAGUGCAGUCACGUAGGAAAGAUGAAAUUGUAAAUGCUUCAAAUCGACAGAGGCAAGGAGCUGCCAGAUGCCCAGAUGACAGAGAAGUGUUUGCUCUGGCUUUGGCCAUUAAAGAGAUGAGCCUGUCAACACGGAGAGCGCGGACCACGCUGUGGUGUGCGCUGCAGAUGACCUUACCCAAAUGCUCAGCCAGGAGGCCGGAGCGAGAGAAGGCUCCUCAGGAGGCGGCACAGGCCGAAGCCAAAGCGUGUGAGGUGCUGAGGAGCUGCAGCAUCCUGAGCAGGAGGGCUGAGGCCAGCAAGCACUGA